AUGGUAAUACAAGAUAACAUGAUUAUGCCGACUAAAACGAUACCAACAUAUGAAAAACAGCUCCAUGAAGAAUUCUUAAAGAUCUAUAAACAGUUAUCCUCGUUGAAAAACAAUCGGAAUAUCUAUAUUAACUCAACACAGAUUUACACAAUUUAUGAUGAAUUUUUAAGUUUACUUCAUGAAUUAACUUUAACUAGAAAAGAUGAAGAAUUGAAAGGGAUCACUUUAGCUUUACCUAACGGUAACGAUGUUCUAAUCGAUGAUAUUUGGCAAUUGUUAUCUUUAUGUUUUGUAACAUGUGGAUUGAUCAAGUUUGCUCCUGCGACAUACUCUUCCCUUUCAACUGUGGGCAAAUUGUUAGAGCAUUUAAAGGAAUGCCAAGUGUAUACCAUGGACGAUUUGCAUCCUAUUCAACUGAGAUUGAAUGAGAUUAAAGAGAUCAUUACUUCAAGUGAGAAUAGAACGGAUGAUGAUGACUUUGCUGAGGACGAGGAAGAUGACAUGAUUAACAAUGAUGAUGCGAAAUUUCAUAAAGCCGAAGAAAGUUUAUUAUUACGAAAUAAGCUUAACAAAUGUCAGCAGUCGCUAAACUAUUUGCAGGAUAAGUUUAAACAAGUUCCAGCCGAUUUGGAGCCUACGUUCAAUGAGCUCUUGUCGAUUAGAAAGUCACUCUUGAAUUACCUUACGAAUGCGUCCAAUGAGUCUGCUAAAUUAAGUCCAGAAGAAUUCAAUAGUGAAUUGGAUAGACUAAAGGGCAAGGUGAAUAAUAUCAAAGAUAAAAGAGACGAGGAUGGGAAGUUCACUAGUUCUGAAGGGACGAUUGAGGAAUUGGACGCAAGUCAAGGUGUUCUAAAUGGAUUGCUUGAUGAUUGCAACAAUUUCAUUAAUGAUUUAUCUAUUCAAAAGAAUACCAAUAACAUUAGCGACAUGUUUGAAAGUUUGAACAUAUCUGGCUCGUCUUCCCCAGAGACUAUUAAAGUCGUAAAGGGUCUUGAAAAGUUGUAUUCCCAUUUGAUCGACAUUAAAUUCAAAUUAGAAAAUCUUUUGAUCACAAGUAGAUGGACUAUGAGAGGAACGGACUUGUACACGUACCAGAAGCUGUUGAAAGACAUUGAGGAACAAAGACUAAAGUUGAACCAGUCUAUAGGCACGUCUGAUUCCUCCUCAGACAUCGACACGAAAAGCAUCAAGAAAUUGCAGGUCCUUAUUUUAUACUUGUUGAGAAGAUGCUACGCAUUGAUCUACAAAUUGUUGGAAAGCUCAGAACCGGUUCUGGAGUCCUUACAACCUAUUCAUAAUCAAUUGUCGACUGUGCGUAGAUGUUUGUUGGAAAUCAAACGUGUUGACGGCCUCAAUAAUUUAAGGGAUGUUUACCCGUUUCAAUUUAAACUUGCCUCGCUCGAUAACUUGCGAGAAGACGGAAAAUUCAUCAUUAAUGGCCAAAUUCCAGAGGGCCAGGGUACUCUUAAUGCGCUAUUAGCUGAAUGUUUCGACAUCCUACAUGAACUUAAAAUUGAAUUAGAAGAGAAAGAAGAAUCUUCUGUUUCGAAUAAUUCAUUAUCAAACAGUGCAGCUAACACAAGCGACUAUAUAACUGAUGAUGACGAUAUUAAGUCUGAUGAUGAAGUUGAGUUGAAAAGAAAUAGAUACGUGGGGUUCAAUGAGGCCGACUACGAUCAAGAAUCGGAGUCAGAAGAUAGCUUCAACGAAUCAGAAUAUGAAAGUAAUGAUUAUUAUUAA